AUGGCCGGAUCCCUCGACUACGUGAAAAUCUGCGGCAGCUGCCCCUCCGGCGACGGCUGGGGCCCCGCCGUCACCACCGAGACGACCCUCGACGGCGUGCCCUAUGCGCCCUUCUCCAAGGGCGACAAGCUCGGCCGCAUGGCCGACUGGACCGCCGAGGGCAAGGACCGCGAACGCGGAGGACGGAACCAAUAUAACCGCAACUUCAGAGCAACGCCCGCGACUCGACCAAGUCGAGAUACGGCCGCGGCGCCGUCUUCACACGCGGCGGCCGCUGGCCGCCGCUUCGGCUGGCGCGACUACGACAAGCCGACGCGCAACCGCGACGCCAGCAUCAACAUCAAGGCCGACUGGGGCCUGCUGGAGGAGAUUGACUACAACCGCCUGGGCAAGCUGAACCUGGACGCGGACGCGGGCGAGGACCUCGAGGACUACGGCUUCCUGUACCCGUACGACCGCUCGUAUGACAAGCAGCCCGUCAAGGGCUCGGAGCGCAAGCUGACGGCGCUGGACCGCGCGGCGUACAACGUGACGACGUCGUCGGACCCCGUCAUCCAGGAGCUGGCCGACAAGGACGAGGCGACCAUCUUCGCGACCGACACCAUCCUGUCGAUGCUCAUGUGCUCGACGCGCUCCGUGUACCCCUGGGACGUGGUCAUCACCCGCCAGGGCGGCAAGAUCUUCCUCGACAAGCGCGACAACGCGUCGCUCGACACCGUCACCGUCAACGAGAACGCCGUCGACGCGCCGCUCGACGCCGCCGAUGGCGGCCGCGAGCCCAUCAACCAGCCCGCCGCGCUCGCCGAGGAGGCCACCUACAUCAACCACAACUUCGUCAACCAGGUCGUCGUCGAGGGCGACGCCGGCAAGGUCGCCAUGGCCCGCGCCAACCCCUUCUACAACGCCUCCGAGGACGCCGACCCGCCCGCCUCCCGCGCCUACAAGUACCGCCGCUUCGACCUCUCCACCAACGACGAGGAGCCCGUCUACCUCGUCGUCCGCACUGAGGUCGACGCCGUCCAGCGCAACGCCGUCUCCGGCGAGGACCAGCACGUCACCGUCCGUGCCCUCAACGAGUUCGACAGCCGGGCCCAGGGCAGCGGCGGCGCCCUCGACUGGCGCGCCAAGCUCGUCUCUCAGCGCGGCGCCGUCGUCGCCACCGAGAUGAAGAACAACUCCUGCAAGCUCGCUCGCUGGACCGUCCAGAGCAUCCUGUCCAAGUCGGACAUUAUGAAGAUUGGCUUCGUCUCUCGCGUCAACCCCCGCUCCAACGACAAGCACGUCAUCCUCGGCGUCAUCGGCUGGAAGCCCCGCGACUUUGCCGCCCAGAUGAACCUGUCUCUCUCCAAUGGUUGGGGUAUCGUCCGUACCAUUGCGGAUAUGUGCCUGAAGCACGAGGGCGGCGACGGCAAGUUCGUCCUGCUCAAGGACCCCAACAAGUCUAUUCUGCGCCUGUACGACGUGCCUGCCGGCAGCCUGGACGAGGAGGAGGAAGAAGAUGAGGAGGAGGGUGGCGAGGAGGGCGAGGAGAAUGACGAGUAA